CCCCAACCCGUCAUUUCGCUUUGGCGCCAUCUGGCGCCCAAAAGGGAAGUGACACGCCUGCGCUCUCCUGCCCUCAGCCCUUUGUUUCUUGCCCUAGUUGAAUCUGGUACCUAUACCUUUAAGAUGCUUAGCAAGCCUGAACAAUUCGAGGGCCGGAGCCUAGGAACGCCCGCUUGAAGUUCUCUUAGGUUGCUCCAGUCCGGGUAAGGGGCGGGCUGUAGCUAACUCCACAGAAGUAAUUGGUCUUUCCUUAGGCUCCGCCCCCGUGAAGCAAUCGCGAACGCCUGUGAUUGGUCAGGGGCUCUGGAGGCGGGGGCUCUGAGCUUGGCCCCGCGCUCUCUGGGGCAGUCCCGGCUGCAGUGCGGUGGUCAGCAUGUCCGAAAGUGGGGAGACGCAUGAGGACUCAGGGGGAGAGGGCAUUGCCGCCGCCGGCUCCUUCAGCUUCAGCCCGGAACCCACGCUCGAGGACAUCCGCCGCCUCCAUGCCGAGUUUGCUGCUGAACGAGACUGGGACCAGUUCCAUCAGCCUCGGAACCUCCUCCUGGCCUUGGUGGGAGAAGUGGGAGAACUGGCAGAGCUCUUUCAGUGGAAGCCCGAUGAGGAGCCGGGGCCCCAAGCCUGGUCCCCCAGGGAACGAGCAGCGCUUCAAGAGGAGCUGAGCGAUGUCCUCAUCUACCUGGUAGCAUUAGCAGCCCGCUGCCGGGUGGAUCUGCCCCAAGCUGUGCUUUCGAAGAUGGACACUAACCGGCGACGCUACCCUGCACAUCUGUCGCGCGGCUCGGCCCGCAAGUAUACAGACCUGCCCCGUGGGGCCACCUCAGACCAGGCUGUGACGCCUGCAGACGGCGCCUGUGAGUCCACAGGUCAGGCCUCAAUCUAGAAACACGGGCACAGACCCUGCAAUCAGCAUAGCAUCUAACGAGCAAAAGGUGCCGGGCCAUGAGACCUCAUUCUAGUCCUUUUUUAACAGAUCACGGGCCUGAGGGGCUGCCCUCCUUGAGGUCCGAGGCCCAAGGAUCUCCAGAGGAUAGCCUCCUGGUAUUUUCUCCUUCAAUAAAAGUUUUGGUUAGCAA